AUGGUCUAUUGGCAGUCUUGGUUCCUACUUUUGGGAACGGUUGCCUCCUUCAACCCCUUGGAGUCGUUGCUCCCUGAUGGUCUUUCUCCUUACGGCCUUUUGCCAACAUACCAUCUGGACCCUUUCUUGAAGUCUGGUAGCAACAACAACCAAUAUCAACAUUCCAACCUCGAACACCCUCCAUGGAAGGAUAUCUCUCCCUCAGGAGGGCCCCCUGACACAGGUGUUACUCGUCACUACAACUUCACCAUCACGCGGGACAUCACCGCCCCGGAUGGCUACCAGAAGAGCGGCAUCCUCAUCAACGGGCAAUUCCCUGGCCCGUUAAUCGAAGCAAACUGGGGCGACAUGAUCUCGGUCACAGUCAACAACAUGAUCACAACCGACACUGCAGAAGGCUUGACCCUGCACUGGCAUGGACUUACCCAAGCCAAGUCUCCCUGGGAAGACGGAGUUCCCGGCAUCACCCAGUGUCCAAUCGCCCCCGGUGGAAGCUUCACGUAUACAUUCCAAGCAGAUCAGUACGGCACCAGCUGGUACCAUUCCCAUUACAGCGCCCAAUACACCGAUGGCGCAUACGGGCCCAUGAUCAUUCACGGCCCUGUCCAGCCCGAAGCCAGCUACGACUACGACCUAGGCCCCGUCAUUAUCUCCGACUACAGCCACUUAAGCUACUUCGAAGUCUUGGAAAACAUCUUCUCCAUCCCCCCCGUCUUCCCUAACGUUGACAACAACCUGAUCAACGGCCGCGGUGCCUACAACUGCAACAGCAGCUCCACUACCACCUGCAGCCCCGCGUCCAGCCUAGCCCGCUUCAACUUUCACUCUGGCAAAACCCACCGUCUCCGACUCAUGAACACCGGGUCCAACGCGAACCAGAAGUUCACCAUCGAUGGCCACAACAUGACCGUGAUCGCCAACGACUUCGUCCCCGUACAACCCUACACCACCGACGUCGUCACCCUCGGCGUCGGCCAACGCACCGACAUCAUCGUAACCGCCACCGGCAACCCAACCGACUCAUACUGGAUGCGCGCCUCCAUCGACAUGACCUGCCUCAACGCCACGGCCAGCAUCCCCACCGUCAAAGCCGCCAUCUACUACGAAGACGCCGACACAGCAACCUGGCCAACCACCACGACCACCACAACCUGGUCGAGCAACAACUGUGCCAACGAUCCCCUCAACCUCACCAUCCCCUACUACCCUCAAACACCCGCCUCCACCCCCGCCUCCACCCAAACCAUCGAAAUCACCCUCGGCGAAAACGCCACAGGCCACACCUUAUUCUACGUCAACAACUCCACCUUCCGCUCAGACUACAACACCCCGCUCCUCCUCCUAGGCAAAGCCGGCAACUUCUCAGACCCGGACCCAGACCUGAACGUCUACAACUUCGGCUCGAACUCCUCCGUCCGUCUCAUCAUCUACAAUCUCUUCUCCAUGCAGCACCCGCUUCAUCUCCACGGCCACAAUUACUGGGUGCUAGCCCAGGGAAGGGGGACCUGGGAUAGAGUCGUCACUAAUCCGAAGAAUCCUCAGCGUCGCGAUACCCACAUCAUCCAGCCGGGCACGGAGGAUAGUCCCGCGUAUGUGGUUCUCGAAUGGCAGGCGAAUAAUCCCGGCGUUUGGCCUCUUCAUUGUCAUAUGUCUUGGCAUGUUAGUGUCGGGUUGCUCUUGAAUGUGGUUGAACGACCAGAUGACAUUGAACGACUUCCGAUCCCGGAGUCUAUGGCUCAGACUUGUCGGGAUUGGACGGCUUUUAGUAAUCGUGGUUUCGUGAAUGAGAUUGAUUCGGGGGUGUAA